AUGGAGAUGAAGGGCAAAUGGAUAGAUGGAGUGGUUAACACUCCGGCCACGGUGGUGGUGUUUUCCGAUGAACAUAUUUUUUUCCACACCACCAUCCACGUACGUUGGGCAUUGCGAUCUAGGGUUUGUUUAACACAUCCCGAGGAAGAGCAUUACACUUCAAAGCUACAUUUCACCUGCCAUCAUGUCUCAUGUUUGCUUGGAUACCCUCCUAGAGGCAGCAAGAUUGUAUUCAUGAGUUAUAAAGAUCAUGUUGGCGAACUAAGAACCUCAAGUUCACUUAUCCAAAAAGAUGCCAAAAAGAAGAUUGUACUUGGUCUCUGUUGUCCAAAUUCGCCAUCUAAAAAGUCAACACAGGAGUGGGGCCCAAUAAGCUCUUCUCCAGCCUAUAGAAAUGGGCAGUUGACAUAA